AUGCAUCUUUUCCGUUUGUUCGUAACCGCAGCAGUCACAUCAACUCAUGUCAGGGCAGAACCUGGAAUCCUCCAGGAGAUUUCUUCCUUGAAAUCGAGUAAUUCUUCCCUGUUACGAUAUCCGACGCAGUUUACGCAAGGCAUUAUCCCAAAAGCGAUACACUCUCAUAACGAUUACUGGCGGGAGGUUCCUUUAUUGACCGCUCUGAGCUACGGGGUUGCUAGCGUUGAGGCCGAUGUUUGGCUGGUCAACGAAACCCUAUAUGUCGGACACGAGAUAGAGGCAUUGACCAGAGACCGAACUUUUGACGCAUUAUAUGUUCAACCCCUUGUCGAGAUCAUUUCUGCUCAGAAUCCUGACACCGAAUUCACUAUCAAUGGUUCUAGCGUCAAUGGCGUUUUUGAUACCUCAAGCGGAACACCGCUUCAACUACUUGUAGAUAUCAAAACAGACGGAGAAAAAACUUUCCCGUUUGUCCUACAAGCACUUGAGCCAUUGAGGAGACGAGGCUACUUGACAACGUUCUCUAAUGGAACCUUGAAAACGUCGACGGUCACAGUCGUUGGAACAGGAAACACGCCUCUCGACAGUGUGAAAGCCUCAUUGCCAAGGGAUUUCUUCUAUGAUGCCCCGCUCGCCGAACUGAACAGUACUUCAGAGAAGUGGGAUAACACUUUAUCCCCAAUUGCGAGCACAGACUACAGUUUAGCAGUUGCCUGGAGUGGCAUUGGAAAUAUCACGGAGGAUCAAUUGGCAAAUUUGAAUCGAUUAUUACAGGAAGCACAUUCACUUGGUAUCAAAGCACGAUUCUGGGAUACACCAGGGUGGCCCAGUAGCGCGCGUAAUAGUGUAUGGAGGCAGCUCGCAGAAUCCGGAGCCGACUGGCUUAAUGCAGAUGAUCUCCAAGCUGCCAGUGCCUUCUGA